AUAAUGUUGAAGCAAGUGGUUGGCAAGUACUCGAUAGGUAAAGCAAUCUAUGGAAGUAACAGAGCAAAGCUUAGACCUUUCUUGUGCCAAACCAAUUGUGGAUUUCACAAUGGGCGGACUGCUCUUGCUCCGAGAAGCUUCUUUGGUGUGGAAGACUACGUGGAUGAUGACACGAGCCGACCAUACACAUACCAAAAAGAGAAAAAAUCGAAGAAUCCAGACAAGCAUGUCUCCUUUAAGCAACGGACAGUCGCAUACAUGGAGCCGUUCACACUCGAUGUCUUCAUCUCAAAACUUUUUGUUUCGGCAUCUCUGACUCACCGUGUCACAUGUAAGCAAGUUGCGGUUGCGGGAACAAACUCUAAAGACGUAAAAGCGGUUUUGAGGUCAAGAUGCGAUAUCCCAGCAUGUAUGUCCAUAGGGAGGAUCUUGUCUGAACGUGCGAAAGAGGCUGAUGUGUACACAGCUUCUUAUACGCCGCGAGACCAAGACAAGUUUGAAGGCAAAAUCAGAGCUGUUGUCCAGUCCCUUAUUGAUAACGGAAUUGAUGUCAAAAUUUAUCUCGAUUAG